GCUCUGCAGGCAGGAGGUGUUUGAAGAACCAUGUCAGCUCCUCCAAUGAUGUCAAGAAGGAUCCCUUUCGCUUUUAUUCGUUGUUUGCCUCCUAAACAGUUGUGAACAUGCACGCUGUAAUAACUCAUUCUCACUGCAGGGAACUUUUUUUCACGCGCAAAGCAUUGGACUUAAGUGUGGAUUUGUUCCAAGUUUUCCUCGCUGCCCGACAGAACUGAUGAAAUCCUCUUCAGAGCGACGGGUUUAUGGACUCGCGUAUUAGCUAAUGAUGUCUAUGGGUUUCAUGCCUGACAGUCUGAAUGCCUCAGAUCCCUCCAAAUCGGCCUUCCUAGAAUUUGGCCACGGACAUCCGGCACACCAGCAGCACUCCCCCGGACUCUCUCACAUUUACCCCGUUCAUGGCUUGCAUGCUGCUGGGCAUUCCCAGCACGAAAGUUCUUUUCCUGGCAGCGCGUCCUAUGGCCGCUCUUUUGGCUACGCCUACCCCGGCGCGGUGAGCACUCAUGCUCCGUCUGCUUACAUGUCCUACCAGCACAGCAACAGCAGCAGUCUGGCCCACAGCAGAUUAGAGCACACAGGUCGCGAAAAGUCCACGGUGAUUGAAAGCAGGGACAUUCGUCUAAAUGGCAAGGGGAAGAAAAUCCGGAAGCCUCGGACCAUCUACUCCAGUCUGCAGCUGCAGGCUCUGCACCAGCGCUUCCAGCAGACCCAGUACCUGGCCUUACCGGAGCGCGCCGACCUGGCAGCCAAACUGGGACUCACCCAGACUCAGGUUAAAAUAUGGUUUCAGAAUAAGCGCUCCAAGUAUAAAAAGAUCAUGAAGCAUGGCAGCGGAUCAGAGGGAGAACAUCUCCACAGCACUAGCUCCAUCUCGCCGUGCUCCCCCGGGCUCCCCCAGCUUUGGGAAGUCUCCAUGGCGAACAAAGGAGCCCAAAUGCACCCAAACAAUUACAUGAACAGUUUUGGUCACUGGUAUCCAAACCACCACCACCCUCCUCAUCAGGACGCGGUGCCCAGGGCUGAGAUGAUGUGAGUGGGUUGUUUCGUGCGGGCCAGGCGCUCGGCCUAUAUGAAGCGCACUUCACACUGAACUCGCUGGUUUCUCUCGAGGCCUCCUCUCAGAACUGAAUUGUGUUUAAAUAGUGUGUUUGAUAGAGAUUGUUCAUAUUCUUUCUAUUUAGUGUGCGUUUUGAAUUCACGUUUCACCGCUAAAUUCGACCAUGCAUCUUCUGGUGCACGGCUUCUGAAAUAUGGACUUAGUAUGUGUGCAGUUUAUCAAGAGACUCUGGAU